UUUAAUCGAAAGUAUAAUAAGAAAAGCCGCCUCUCAUGACUACAAACAAACUACGACUAUUGACAUUUGAGUCGACACCGUCAUCACCAAGUCUACCCUUUUAGCUUCUUUCCCAUUCAUCACUACCAACUCUUAUUUACUGAUAGCUACUUUCAUUCUGUCCAUCUUCCAGUGGCUGUCUGUGCUCUGCACUCUUAUCUUCAUGAAUCAUCUGUCAAACAUCCCUGCUGCUUUGCCCUUGUAGUUUGAGUCUUGAAGAAAGGGAGAAGAAACAAAGAUCAUUGCUUGUUGCAUUUUUCUUGAAUUUUUGGACUGUGUACAUUGUUAGCCUUCGUUUGCUUGUGAGCUCCACAAGGAAAAAAGAAAUAACAAAGAGGAGAUUAAAAAAGAGAGAGAAAUCCGAGAGAAAACAAGAUGGCUGUGGAUAUCAUUCUUUCUGUUGUAUCACCUAUUGUUGAGCUUGCAAUUGGUUCCUUUAAAAUACACAUUUCUAAUGCAUUUUAUUGCAAGAGCAACCUCCGACAUCUGAAGGAGGAAGUUGAUAAGUUGAAAAAUGCGCGAGAAAGGUUGCAACACUUGGUUGACGAGGAUAGAAGAAAAGGGAAGGUGAUCCAAGACGAUGUUGCGAAGUGGCUACUUGAGGUGGACGGGAUCACUGAAAAGGUGGAAAGGGAACUUGCUCAAGAUGAGGGCGGAGUAAAGAAGAAAUGCUUCAUGGGAUUGUGUCCAAAUUUUAAAACAAGGUACCAGUUUGGAAAGAAAGCAGAGGAGAAAUUAGCAACAGUUAAAGCUAAACUAGAGGAACAACGCAGCUUUGGUUCGAUUUCCUACCAUGCUGCACCGUCAGGGGUGGAGGCCAUGUCUGGAAAAGGCUAUCAGGCCAUGCAAUCAAGAAUACCAGUGUUUAAUGAAAUCAUGAAUGCCUUAAAAGCUGCUGAUGUGAACAUAGUUGGGGUGUAUGGAAUGGGUGGUGUGGGAAAGACCACACUGGUGAAAGAGGUCUCCAAACAAGCCAUAGAGGAUAAAUUAUUUGACAAGAUGGUUAUUGCCAGUGUAACUCGAAACCCAGACAUCAUGAAAAUUCAAGGGCAAAUUGCAGACCAGCUUGGCCUAACAUUCAACGAGGAAAGUGAAUGGGGAAGAGCAGGUCGAUUGCGUGAGAGGUUGAAGCAAGAGAAGAAGAUUCUUGUUGUCCUAGAUGAUCUAUGGAAGAGGCUUGAUUUAGAAGCAAUUGGGAUUUCAUUUAAGGAUGAACAAAAUGAAUGCAAAAUGCUGCUGACAUCGAGAGAAUUUGAUGUUUUAUCAAGUGAAAUGGAAGUUGAGAAAAACUUCUCAAUUAGUGGUUUAAAGGAAGAUGAAGCUUGGGAGUUGUUCAAGAAAACGGCAGGUGGUAAUGUUGAAAGUCCAGAUGUCCAAUCCAUAGCAUUGAAGAUCGCAACAAAGUGUGCAGGUUUGCCCCUGGCCAUUGUAACUGUUGCAAAGGCUUUAAAGGAUAAGAGGCUGUCCGAGUGGAAGGAUGCAUUGCGAGAGCUGAAAAGACCGUCCCCUAGGAAUUUCACAGGAGUGCAGGCAGAAGUGUAUAGCGCUAUAGAACUAAGCUACAAGCAUCUUGGAAGUGAAGAGCUGAAGGCGAUUUUUCUUCUUUCCAGUCGAAUGGGCUACAACGCCUCCAUUCAAGACUUGUUGAAAUACAGCAUGGGCUCAGGUUUGUUUUCUGAUGUUGCUACCAUAGAAGAAGUCCGAGAUAAAGUGAAUUCUUUGCUUCAUAAACUCAAAACCUCCAGUUUGUUGCUCGAUGGUGAUACUAGUAAGCAGUUUUCUAUUCAUGAUGUUGUUCGUGAUGUUGCCAUAUCAAUUGCUUUUAGAGAUCACAAUGUGUUUUUGAGGAGUGAUGAGGUUGAAUUGAAAUGGCAGUAUAAGGAUUCACUGGAGAGUCAUGCAGAGAUUUGGUUACAUGGUAAUAGCUUUGGGUUUCCUGAAGAUUUGCAAUAUCCACUACUCAAAGUUUUGAAUAUGAAUAGUGAAGAUUCUUCUUUGGAAGUACCUGAAAACAUAUUUAGGGGCACGCAAAAACUCAAAGUCUUAGGCCUGACCAAUCUAUCUUUUCCAGCCCCGCAUUCAUCUCUUCAUUUCCUAAAGAACCUCCGUUCAUUGUGCCUUCAUCAAUCUUCACUUGGAGAGAUAGCUAUUAUUGGGGAGCUAAAAAAAUUAGAAAUCCUUAGUUUUGUUAAAUCUAAUAUUAAGCAUCUGCCGAAAGAAAUAGGGCAAUUGACCAAGUUAAAGUUAUUAGAUUUAAGUGAUUGUUCUGAACUUGAAGUGAUUUCACCAAAUGUUAUUUCAAAUUUAUCACUUUUAGAAGAAUUGUUUGUAGGCAACAGCUUUCAUCAUUGGGAUAUUGAAGGACACAAUAAUGCUAGUCUUAUCGAGCUAGAACACUUGUCCCACUUGACUAAUUUAGACGUACAUAUGCUAGAUUCCCGUGUUAUGUCCACAGACUUGUUUUCUACAAAAUUAGAAAGAUUUAGAAUAUUCAUAGGAGAUGUUUGGGAUUGGGACGGGGCCUAUGAAACCUUAAGAACAUUGAAGUUGAAGCUCAAUGAAAGCACUGAUCAUUUGAAGCAUGGAGUUCUGAUGCUGCUAAAGAGAACUGAAGAUUUGUAUUUACUUGAAAUGAAGGGUAUUAAGAAUGUCAUUUGUGAACUGGAUAGUGAAGGUUUUCCACAGCUGAAGUACCUCCAUCUGCACAAUAGUCCAGACAUUCAAUAUAUCAUUGAUACAAUGAAAGGGGUUCCUGCGAACAUCCUUCCAUUUCCCAUGUUGGAGUCUUUGUUUCUAUACAAUUUGGUAUCUUUAGAGAAGAUUUAUCAUGGCACACUCAAGACACCAUCUUUCGGCAAACUACAAAAGCUAGAAGUGAAACAUUGUAAUAAAUUGAAGAACCUCUUCUCAUUCUCCAUUGCACGGGGUCUUUUGCUACUUCAAAGCAUCAAUAUUACCUGCUGCCGGAACCUGGAAGAGAUUGUUGUUGAAGAAAGUGAAGAAUUUGACAACAAGAAUGAAGAAAUCAACUUGAUGGAGUUCACUCAAGUACGCUCCUUGUCCUUAAAAUAUUUACCGAAUCUCAGAAACUUCUGCUCGAAAGAGAAGGCAUCAUGUUUAUAUCAAACACAAUCAAAGUCAAGAACAACUGGCAUGGAUUUUGGAGAAAUCAUUUUGGAGGAUGAGCCACAUGCUCCAAUGCAACUUUUUGAUGAAAAGUUUGUGUUUCCGAACUUGGAGGAUUUGAAAUUGCAUUCUAUCAACAUCGAAAGGCUAUGGGAUGGCCAACUUCCAGCAAUUACAGUUUCCAUUCAAAAUUUACAAAGACUGGUUGUGAAAAAAUGUGGCAGUUUGAAAUAUAUAUUUUCCUCUUCUAUGGUUAAAAGUCUUGUACAACUCAAGCAUCUUGCAAUACAUGAUUGCAUGUCAGUGGAAGAGAUAAUAGUAACAGAAGAAUUAGAUGAAGAAGAAAGGACGAGUAAGAUGGUAUUCCUGAAACUAGAACACAUUGAACUCUUGAGUCUUCCGAAACUGAAACACUUUUGUAUUGGUUCUCAUAUUGAAUGUCCAUUGUUGAAAAGAUUGGUGAUAGACUGGUGUCAUGACUUUCAGACAUUCGUUUCCGAGUUUAGCAGCACAAACCUGACAACUAGAAAUGGCGCCCGGGAAGUGAACCUGGAGGAGAACUUCUACAAUGCCAUGCAACCUCUCUUUGAUGACAAGGUUGUAUUCCCUUGCUUAGCUGAAAUCCAAAUCUCACACAUAGAUAAGAUAUGGCACAAUCAACUUGCUGCCGGUUCUUUUUGUGAGCUGAGAUCAAUGAGUAUUUCUGAUUGUGAUAAGCUGGUGAAUAUUUUUCCAUCAAUCUUGCUAACAAGAUUCCAAAGACUAGAGAUGCUAGAAAUUAGUCAUUGUCAUUCCUUAGAAACUAUAUUUGAGCUUCAAGGACUCGGCGGUGAAGAAAUCCAAGCAUUUAAUGUCUUCCAGUUACAAGACCUGGAUUUGUAUAAUCUACCCAAAUUGAAGCAUAUAUGGAAUAAGGAUCCGCAAGGAAGACUCAUUUUCCAGAAUCUGCAUUCUGUAAGGGUAGGGAAAUGUAGUGCUCUGAAGAAUCUCUUUCCAGUCUCCAUUGCUAGAGACCUUCCACAACUUGAAAAGCUUGAGAUAAAGGAGUGUGGGGUGGAGGAAAUUGUUGCAAACGCAGAAGGUGAUGAAACAGCCCCCUGUUUUGAUUUUCCUCAUCUAACCUCAUUGACACUUGAAAAAAUACCAGAAUUUAGGAACUUUUAUCCAGGGAAACAUUCUUGGGAAUGUCCUAUCUUAAAAAGUUUAGAGGUGUCGGGCUGUGGCAAUGUGAAGUUAUUUGGAUCAGAAUCUCAUACAUCCCAAGAAAUUCAAAGGGGAAGCCAACAGGACCAAAUUCAGCAACCCCUCUUUUUUGUUGAAAAGGUGAUCUCGACCUUGGAGGAAUUGUCAUUAAGUGGUGAAAACCCCACAACGUCAAUUAUUUGGCGCUGCCAACUUCCAGAGAAGUACUAUUCUGCGGUGAAACUUCUAAGGCUGCACUAUUUUCAGGAAGAAUCGGAUACUAUUCCAUUUGGUUUCAUACAAAUAUUGUGCAAUCUGGAAACACUCUAUGUGACACGUAGUUCUUUCAAAAGGCUAUUCUCAUAUGAAGGGCUUACUGAUGUGAAUCAGAGACAAAGGAUGCUUGGACGAUUAAGGAAUUUCAAAAUAAUAAGUUCAGUUGGCGAUAUGAGGCAUAUGUGGAAGGAUAAUGACCAACUGGUUCAAUUUCUUCAAAAUCUUGGCACUCUAGAAGUAAUUUCUUGUCACAGUUUGGUCAAUCUAGCACCAUCAUCUGCUUCAUUUGAAAAUUUAACAAUUUUAGAUGUGCGGUGUUGCUUUGGAUUAUUGAACUUAAUAACAUCCUCAACUGCGAAAAGUCUAGUGCAGCUUGUAAAGUUGACCGUUCGUUCUUGCAAAAAGGUGAUGGAAAUAGUAGCAAAAGAGAGAGAUGAAACAGAAGAUGAGAUCAUUUUCAGCAAACUAGAAUAUUUGGAACUUGUCAAGUUAGAAAGCCUCACCAGCUUCUGCCCAGGAAAUCACACCUUCAAAUUCCCAUCAUUAAAGGAAAUUGUUGUGAGACAAUGCCCCAAGAUGAGGAUUUUCUCUCCCAGAGUUGUAAGCACGCCUAAGCUACAGGGAGUAUGUUUUGCCAAGAAUAAAGUGUGUUGGCAGGGAAAUCUUAAUAACACCAUACAACAGCUGUACACAGAAAUGGUUGGAUUUGGUAAUAUAUGGGAGUUAAAGCUCUCUGAUUUUCCCCAAUUAAAAGAGAGAUGGCACGACCAACUUCCCUUCAACUUUUGUAGAAUUUUGGCAAACCUCACGGUGGAUGACUGCGCAUUUGUCUCCAAUGCUAUACCAUCCAAUCUACUACAGUUCAUGAAUAACUUGAGACAUCUGUAUGUGAGAAACUGUGAUUCUCUUGAAGAAGUAUUUGAUUUGGAGGGGCUCAAUGCUGAGGAAGGGCAUGCUCAGCUGUUGCCCAAUUUAAAGGAAUUGCAGUUGAUUGAUCUGCCAAGGCUGAGGGAUAUAUGCAGCAGGGAUCCUCAAGGAAUUUUGGACUUCAAAAACCUGAAAUCGCUGAAAGUUCAUAAUUGUAGCAGUUUGAGAGAUUUAUUUACACCAUCCACGGCAUCUGGCCUUGUGCAACUCAACAAGAUAGAAAUAAGAAACUGUGCCAUGAUGGAAAAGAUCAUCACAGAAGAGAGAGUAGAGGAAGCAGCAACAUAUAGAAUCAUAUUCCCUGUACUGAAAGUGAUAGUUCUCGAGUCCUUACAUAGCAUGACCAGUAUCUAUUCAGGAACUGGUAUUCUGGGAAUUCCAUCCUUAGAGGAGAUUGGCAUAGACAAUUGUCCAAAUUUGAAGACAUUUAUUUCCUCAUUUUUGAGUGAGCAUGUACCGAUUUCAGUCAAUAAGGGACAAGGAUAUAGACUAUAUGAGCGAGACCAUGAUAUUUCCACUGCACCAUCUCUCAAUCAUAAGGUUGCAUUUCCAAACAUGAAAAAGUUGAGAGUGGAAUGGAAUGAUGUGAUGGAGGUUAUACAGAAUGGCCAAUUCCGAGUUGAGUACUUCUACAAACUGGAAGGUCUUACACUCAUGCGCUUCCCCUGUGACAAUGUUGAUUUUCCAUCCCAUUUUCUUCAAAGAUUCAUCAAUUUAAAAAAUCUUGUUGUAAGAGAUGCCUCUUUCGAAGAAAUAGUAUUGUAUGAAGGGAAAGAUGAUGAAGAAAAUCAUAUCAGGGUUUUAGCACAAUUAAAAAAACUGGAGCUGUCUAAACUGCCGAAACUCAUGCAUCUGUCAAAGGAAGGUUCUCAGACAUGCAAGAUUUUUCAGAAUUUGGAAAGUUUGAGAGUAUUGGAAUGUGGCAUGCUGAAAAUUCUAAUUCCAUCAGCAUUGUCUUUCCAGUGUUUAACGACCCUGGAAGUGUCAAACUGUCAUGGAUUGAUAAAUUUGAUGACGUCUUCAACAGCCAAAUAUCUGGUGCAGCUCACGUCUCUGAGUGUAACUGAAUGCAAAAUGAUUGAAGAAAUUAUAGUGAGCGAGGAGAAUGAGGUAGCAAAUGAGAUCAUUUUUCAGAAAUUAGAGCAUUUGAGACUUCGAAGCUUGCCAAGCCUCACAAGUUUCCACUCAGGGAAAUGUGCGUUCACUUUUCCAUCUUUGGAAGAAGUGUUCUUGAUAGAAUGCCCCAAGAUGAAAUUUUUUUCUGAAGGAAUCAUAAGCACACCAGAGCUGGAGACUGUCCUGUUAACAGAAGAGGACGAUGAAGGGUACUGGGAGGAGGACCUUAAUUCCACUGUACAAAAAUUGUUUGUGGAGAUGGGUGAUGGAGCAGCGCAAUCCGAACUGCUAAGCAUACCCAAACAGCCAACAUUAGCCCGUGAGGCUAAAGCAGAUGGAAAUGCACCAAGUGCUGUCUCUGAGAGACGAGCUUCUGAGGAUUUGCAUUUAACUGGGACCUCAGAAGCCAGAAAAGAUAUCUCUCCCGUUUUUGAAACAUUGCUGAGAAACAAACAAAAUAGGAUCAAAGGUGUUUUGCUAGAACCCAAGAUUGCUCAAUUAGCUUCAAGAUACCAAGAUUUUCAUGCAGCUUCAAAUGAUAAGGAUUCUAGACAAGGUCAAAGUUCCUCAACUCCCAUGGAUUCUAAAGCUCAGAUCUCUCUACAAGAGCAGACAGAUUCCCAAGCAACUGAUAAUGGUGAGACCUCACUGGCCAAUGCUAUUCCUACUAUUUCAGUUCAGCAGAGCUACAGAGUUCUUGUAUCUCCUGCCACCUCUGUUGAACAAGUCUCUAUGUUGACUUCUACAUCCUUAACCAACAGAACUUCCUCUCAAGAGCUCACAUUCAGCACCGCUUCAAGCUCUAAUGCUCCUUCUGGAUCUCUCAAGUCCUGUGGUGUGAGCUUUGAGAUAUACAGGUGUUCUAUAGAUUUGUUGAAGGAGCUCUUAAUGAAAUCCCCUGCAGAAGUAGCCACAUCAGCUGACCGCCUAUUGCUGCUGUCCGGUUUGAAGAAUUUAAAGAACUGUCCGUUUCUGAAUUAUCAGCAACAAAAAAUCAUUCAACUAUACGUUGAAAAUUUUGACACUUUGGUCACAAGCCACCCAUUUGAUGAGCAAAAAAUCGACUGGACUAGUUCUAUCAAGUCCUCUAUUGAAGAUCACAAAAGGAGACUUGCCGAGCUGGAUAUUUCUGAUGAAGAUAUUACCAGCAAGAUUAGCAGGCUUAAAGCAGAAAAGGAUGCCCUUAACAAGCGACUUCAGGAAAUUCAGGAAGAAGAAGAUCAUAUCCGAAGAAACAAGGAAAGUCUCCAUGCCCAGAGAAUCAUUAGAAAUGGAAGACUAGAAAUACAGAUUGGUGCUUUGUUGGAAGCUCAGAGGCAUAAAAGAGAAACUGAGGGUAGGGCUAGCCAUGUUAAUGAGAAUUGGGCUGAGUUCAGGAGCUUGUUUGCUUAAGCUUUGAGCUUUGCUUUUGGAAAAGAACUAUUCCUGCUCUGCUUGUUACCAUAAACCAUUUGUAGAACAACAGUUUUGCAUGUAACUAUAAUGGCUCUAUUGGUAGCAUCAUUCUUGUUUAGAAAUUUGCCUUCAAAUGCAGAAUGGCAAGAAGUAGGGCAAAAAUUCAAGCCCCAAUGGGCUCUAAUGGAUAAAAACGGUUUAUAGAAA